AUGAGUUAUUCUGGAUCUGGACAUCCCUACGCCUACGGCCCCCCACCACCCGGUGGUUGGCCACCACCACCCCCGCAGCCGAACAUGUACCCGCCACCCCCGGACUUCGGGUACCCGCCGUCACAGUACCCUCCCCCUCCCUCGUACUACGUGCCUGGUACCGUGAUGAUCCCCGUUCCCGUACCACCAUCACAGCCACCUCCACCUGAACCCACUCCAUCACAGUCUACUUACAUCACCAACUACAUCUACCACGGUGAGACCACUGUCACCCCGUCAGGCGACCAGACGGUGUCAAUCGUGGAGGCCCCCGGAGAGUACGACUGGGUGCCUACUACCGCGCUGCUGGCGGGCUCCUUGACUGGUCGAGCAGUUGUAGGAGGACAUGAAGGUUGGGACGGAAGUCCCCUGUGGGUGAUCCGUGCUUGGCACAAUGGAGAUCUGAUGCCGGGCAAGCUGUCCGUGCGACACAACGCGGCCUCGGUUGUGUACGCCGGGAAGGAGAUAUCAGUGCAGAACAUCGAAGUCUUGUGUGCCAGGCCCGAGGAUCUGCGCUGGGUUCCUGCCUCAAAUGGUAACGUACCUCCUGGAGCUAUUCCUGGAGGUAGGACUUCUUCAGGGGAGACUCUAUACGUCGGCAGGGCAAGGUACCAGCUCUCUGUGACCCCGGGUAAGAUCCACCCGAGCCACAACUCGUGUUACAUCGGCUUCGCUGGGCAGGAGGUCGCUCACAAGAUGUACGACGUGCUCUGCAGGAUCAGCUGA